AUGGCGACGACCGUGCUACCAGGCAUUGAUCUGACAGCCAGCAAGCAGCCCCAAAUCCGGGGCGCAAUUCUAUCCACAUGGCUCCUGGCCGUGCUCGCCGUCGGUCUUCGAUUCACUUCCAGAUGGCUCGUCAAGGCUGGGUUCUGGUGGGAUGACUGGCUGAUUCUCCUAGGCCUGGUGAUAACCCACGCCGCCUUGCCAAGCGAACAGAAUGCUGAUGGCAAGCCCCAUUCCACAGAUUCUUGCGACGGCUGUCGAUCUUGUCCCGGUAAUUUGGAGUGUGUCCUUCCCAGCAAACACAAUAGUUCUUGCACAAGACAGACUCAGACUCGCUGUCACCAGAUAUCUAGUUACUGA